AUGGCUGAUGUGAAGGUCGCUUUUGUAGCAAAAGAAUGCACCCAUACCAUCACACCCUCUACUGACAAAGAUGCUUCCCCAGCAACUGAAAAAGAAAAGGCUGAGGCCCUCCGAUAUUUGAAGGCACAUAUUGACCCUAAUCUCCUUUGGGGAUACCAACACAUGAUGUGUCCUAAAGAACUGUGGGAUGCACUAGCAAGCCGUUUUGGGAGCAUUGAGGAUUGCAUUCUCCCACAGUUGAAUGAACAGUGGAAUGACAUCCAGUUUCUUGAUUAUGUGAAGCAAGUUGAUCAACUUAUUGCGGUGGCCAAAAGGCACAAUGAAGUUCUAGCAAACAACAAUGCUAGAGCCACCGGGAAGAAGAAAAUUCCCGAGUCUAACUAUGGCAAGGAUAACAAGGGAAAAUACCCCAAAGAAAAGAGGGUUAAAAAUGUUGAUUCAUAUUCUCAUGCUCCAUACUCACGUGGGAAUAAUAACCCACGUGGAAGAGGGCAAAGGGGCCAUCGUGGAAGGGGCCAUGGACGUGAGGGCCAUGGGCGUGGAGGCCAUGGGCAUGGAGGCCAUGGACGUGGAGGCCAUUCAAAUACCUGGUCUAGAGAUGUUACUUCUGGACCUAGUGGUAGGGGCAAUACUGUUGAAAAAACACAUAAGAACUCCAUGUAUAAGAAGGUCGAGAAUGAGAAUGCACCUUGUUACAGGUGUGGAAUCUCCGUACAUUGGUACCAGCAAUGCAAAGCUAGUGCCAAAGUAGCAGCCAGCUACAAAAAGCACCGGGAAUCUAUAGAUCAAGAAUCUCAUUGUGUGGAAGAACAUGAUCAUUCCCCAGAUGUCAACUUCACCAUUUCAGACUUCCAGGGCAACAAGAACCAUGCCCUUAUGGAAACACCUGACUUUGAUUGA